UAUCGUUUCCCUACGGAAAGGACAAAUACCCAGAGCAUCAUUUCUUGCGCAGCUGAAAGAAACUCAUCAGGACACUCAAGACGCCUAUGGCCAACGACAUCGACGCCGAGUUUCCUCCCCAAAGUUUCUGCGAUUCGCCUAGUUUGCUUCCUCUCCUUUCCGAUCCUCACGCUGGUCCAAGUCUCUGAAACAGGUCGGUCAGUUCACUGUGAAGUUCCAUCCAUGAAUUCGAACGAUUUCUGUUUGGGAAGGGGGCGUUUGCCAGUGUUUGAUUCCAAUUUACCUUCUUUUGGGUGUUCUAGAGAGAAAUACGAAGUGGGUUAGUAGUUUCCGAGUAAGAACUGCUUUAUCUGGUAGAGGUGCUGAAUCGUUAGCGAAUUUGGGGGAUGUUUGACUUGAUAGAUUGAACUCUCAUUGAGGUUUAUUGUUCUGGCUGGAGUAGGGAAACUUCAUUCCCUAAUCUACUGGGUUCUUAUUAGAGCUUCCAGUAUAGUGAAAGGCUGGUGCUGAGAAAAUUGCGCCAUGGGAACUGUGUGUGUGAAAUGUAAAGGGCUUGAAAUGAUUAUCAGUUGAAAUUGACAUGUCCGUUAGAUUUGUGUAGGAUUAGUUAGGUAUUCGUUGCCCCGUCUUCUUUCUAAGAAUUUUGUAGUGUCUGGUGGACAUAGUGUUUGCUGCUGUUUAUUCUGAUUUAUCCUUUCUAUUGAAAUUGUACUUUUGAUAAGAAUUGUCUUAAGCAAUGGGUGAUGCAAUUGAUUUAACCGGCGAUGGAGGUGUCAUGAAGAAGAUUGUAAGGCGUGCAAAAGCCGAUGCAGUUGAGCCUUCAGAGGAUCUUCCUCUUGUUGAUGUUCAUUAUGAGGGGACAUUGGCCGAUACCGGGGAAGUCUUCGACACCACACAUGAAGACAACACCAUCUUCUCAUUCGAAAUAGGAAGUGGCUCGGUGAUUCGGGCAUGGGAUGUUGCAUUGAGAACUAUGAAGGUGGGGGAAGUUGCAAAGAUCACUUGCAAGCCAGAGUACGCCUAUGGCAGAGCAGGCUCUCCACCAGAUAUUCCACCAGAUGCAAUUCUUGUUUUUGAGGUGGAGCUUGUGGCUUGCCGUCCUCGCAAAGGUUCCAGCAUGAGCAGUGUUUCGCAGGAGAGAGCUAGGCUAGAGGAGCUGAAGAAGCAAAGGGAGAUGGCAGCUGCGGUCAAAGAGGAAGAGAAGAAGAAGCGAGAAGAAGCCAAAGCUGCAGCCGCUGCUCGCAUUCAGGCCAAACUAGAUGCAAAGAAGGGCGGAGGGAAGGGUAAAGGGAAGUCUAAGAAGGAUAUGUUCCCUCUUCCUUCCCAGUUUUAGUUCAUCUCUAUUGUUGUAUUUCGAAUCUCAAGUGUAGUUGUCGACUCACUUAGAGCAAGCAUUCGCGUCAAUAAAUUACCAGUAACUGUACUACCAGAUCGUUCAAGUAUGAUAUCAUUUUGAAUUCACAG